AUGAUUUCCGACCACGGACUUCCACUGACUCCUCCAACCACCAUCGGAUCCCUCCCGAAUGGCUCGGAAGACGCAUGGAUGCCCAGUUGCGAGCAACCAAGUGAUUUUGGACAUCCGGAGUCAUUCGCAUGCGACACCCUCCCAUCAUCACCGGAACAUGAGCCGAAGUCCACGGAGCCUGCGACUCAACGCCUGCUGGAGCUUCAGUCUCACCUCUUCGCCCGCCACAUGGCAAAGGCGCAAAAUAUGGACAGCCUGCCUGCUCUCAUCAACACUACAGUCCACUCGACCGAGACCCUCAUCGACAUCGUGGAGGGCCUCCCGCAGCUCCGACCCAGUGUGGAGGGCCGGCGCUCCGCUUCGCCACUCUCGUCUUGGGGUGCCGGAUCUGACCCUGCCGGCUUCAACGCGCCCGCUGCCACGUACGCGGCGCCGGACCCUCAGCUUCAGCAAAAUCCGAGCCACGCAAUUACAAUUUCUCUUUUCAUCACCUGCUAUCUUGUUCUUUUGGACUCUUACGACGAGCUGCUCUCAGCUCUGCGAGCACGUUUGCAGUGCUCCCGGCAAAGCCAGGGCCCGAGUCCCGCCAGCGACAUGGGCCUGGCACAGCCAUUCUUCAACAGCACACCAGGGGGAAACCUCAACAAGUUCAACCUUGUCAGCUCUUUCGACUUGGAUGUCAACUCUGUUGUUUUCCUCUUGUCACGAAUGAUGAAGCGGUUACACAAGUCCACGGAGAGCCGCUUCGUGGCCGUUUCGAUGGAGAACCCUGCCAUCAACCACAUGAAGGGACAGAAUCAAGGUGGAUACCCGGUUAGGCAUGGGUCAAUUAGCUAUGAAUUCCAGGAUGGGGCCAGCCAGGAUACAGAUGCAUUUUCGGAGCCGUCUCCGGGAGGUUCAUUCUCCCCGAUGAUGAUGAUGGGGAACUACGCUCUGAGGGAAGUGAGCCAGAGACACCAAAGCGUGAUGGAGUCGUUGCGCGUCAUUAGAUGGCUGGCUGAUGAAUUAUGA